GACAACUGCGACGCGGGCUGGCUGGCCGACCAGAGCGUGCGGUAUCCCAUCACCCUGUCCCGGCCUGGCUGCUACGGAGACCGCAACAGCCUCCCCGGCGUGCGCAGCUACGGCCAGAGGGAGCCUCAGGAGGAGUAUGAUGUCUACUGCUACGCCCGGGAGCUGCGAGGGACGGUGUUCUACGCCACGGUGCCAGGGAGGUUCACCUGGCAGGGAGCUCGGAGGCACUGCCGCAGCCGAGGGGCUUCUCUGGCCACCACUGGGCAGCUGUACCUAGCCUGGAGAGAGGGGCUGGACCAGUGUGACCCAGGCUGGUUGGCUGAUGGCAGCGUCCGCUACCCCAUCAGGCUCCCACGUAGGAAAUGUGGGGGUGAGGCUUCGGGGGUCAGGACCCUCUACCAGUUCCCCAACCCACUGAGCAGUGACAACGUGUUGGUGGAGCACAGCGAGGACCUUGGCACAUCAGGGGACACCAGGGACACCCCACGGGACCUCCACAACCUGCUGGCACAGCCAGGGCUGGGCGAGGACGAGCAGCUACGGGCAGAGAGCGACAACCCCAGGGCACAGCGUGGGGACCUGCCCAGGGCUGCUCUGUCACCAUCACCAGCAGCUCCUGGGCUGGGCAUGAGUGAUGGGACACCCUUGGUGCCCACCACAGCCUCCUCACUGGCGUGGCCACACGAGGAGGAAGUUCUCAAUGUAGUGGAUCAGGUGCUGCAGAGCUCCCAGUGGGUUCCAUCCAGCACCAGCACAGCACUGCAAGAAGACUCUGGGGAGCCUCCAGCCACUCUCCUGCCACGUUCCCAAAACCCAGCCCAGCAUGGCACUGGUGCAUCACUGGCACCACCUGGGCUGGGGAUGGUGCCCAGCACAGCAGCAGAGACCACACCAGUGAGCUCCCACACCCCGAAGAAGAGCUAUGCUGGGCUGAACGGGCGCUACUUCCAGCUGCAGCAGCAGAGCCAGGACCCCACGGUGGCACCUGGGGACCCCACAGUGGUUGGGGACACUGUGGUGGUACCUGGAGAUCCCACAUGGCCGAUGGUCAGCCAAGCCCCAAUCCUGGCGCUGGAGCUGAAGGGAGAUGCAGCCAACGCGUUGGAGACUUGGAGCAUCCCCCACGCCAGCACUGAGAGCCUGGGGCAGGAGGGUCCCUAUGCAUCCUCCAACGCGGUGGAGGAGAAGAUCAGCCGUGAUGGGAAUCAGCCCCACAUUCCCAGUGCCCGUGGGGACUCCCCCCGGCCACCCCUGGAUGCCACUGAGGACUUCUCCGGGGACACUCUCUCCCAGGAGGAUGGUGGCUCUGUCCCAGCGUGGCCCCCACUGCCCCCAGCCCCACUGGUGGCCGAGGGUCCCGAGCCAGCCCCAGAGCCCCGUGGUGACAGUGGUGACAGCAGUGAGACCCUGGGUGAUGUCUCUCUGGAGAGGCAGAGGAAAGCAGUGACCUUCCUACCUGAGCCCAGCCAGGAGCAGCUGGAUGAAUCCAGGGAUGCUGGGAAUGGCUCAGCUGAGCCCAGCAGUGCAGCAUCGAUGUCCACUGUGGUGUGGCACAUCCCCUCCCCAUCACCUCUCCCCGUGGGCACCGAGGUGACCCCGUGGGCCAGCACUGAGCAGCCCGUGGAGGCAGCAGUGCUGGAGUCAGUGGCCGAGGAGGGGUCCACAGCUGUCCCCAGCGAGGAGGAUGCACCAACAUCCCCCAGCGAGGAGGAUGUACCAACAUCUCCCAGUGAGGAGGAUGCUCCCACAUCCCCCAACGAGGAGGAUGUACCAGCAUCCCCCCAACAUCCCCCAGCGAGGAGGAUUCCCAGCGAAGAGGAUGUACCAACAUCCCCCAACGAGGAGGAUGUACCAACAUCCCCCAGCGAGGAGGAUGCUCCAGCAUCACCCAGCGAGGAGGAUGUGCCAUCAUCCCCCAAUGAGGAGGAUGCUCCAACAUCCCCCAACGAGGAGGAUGCUCCAACAUCCCCUAGUGAGGAGGAUGCUCCAACAUCCCCCAGUGAGGAGGAUGCUCCAACAUCCCCCAACGAGAAGGAUAUACCAACAUCCCCCAGCGAGGAGGAUAUACCAACAUCCCCCAGUGAGGAGGAUGCUCCAACUUCCCCCAGCAAAGAGGAUGCACCAACAACCCCCAGAGAGGAAGAUGCAUCGGGUGAGGUGAAGAGGGAAGAACCCUCUGUGUCCCCCAGCUCGGCCACCCACAGCCCCUGGCCAUCACCCACUGCCCCCCACCCGUGGGUGCUGGAGACAUCUGAGUCCUUGGGGCUGCUCUUUGAGCCCUCUGUGGCAGCUGAGCCGGGAGGGACAGGGGUGUCCCCACUGCUGGAUGCUGACAGUGGGAGUGGAGAGGAGCCAGGGCUGGAGGAGCGGGAGCUGCUAGUCUGGGAGAGCACCAGUAACACCAGUCAGCAUG